ACCACCGUUUCCCCACCGCCCCCUCCCCCUAAAGAUACCCAGCCUCGAGCCUGGCACAACCGCGCUGCCCCUUCAACGUCCUAGCAGGAAGCAGACGCCGGGAUGAUGGUGACCACGGUCUCCGAAAGCCCGCUGGACCCCGCCAACUCGUCGGACUACAGCUACAUCUUCUGGGACGACGAUGACACGUCUUCGGGGCGGCUCUCGGCGACGGACGUGGUGGGGCUGACCAUUUACGCCGUGGUCUUCCUGUUGGGGGUGCCGGGCAACGUGGCCGUGGCCUGGGUGACCGGGGCCGAGGCGCGGCGUCGGGCGGUCAACGCCGUGUGGUUCCUGAACCUGUCGGUGGCCGACCUCCUGUGCUGCCUGUCGUUGCCCCUUCUGGCCACGCCCCUGCUGCGGGAUGGCGACUGGCCCCUGGGGGACUUCGCCUGCCGCGUGUUGCCCUCCCUGAUCCUGCUCAACAUGUUCGCCAGCGUGCUGCUGCUGACCGCCAUCAGCGCCGACCGCUGCGCCCUGGCGCUGCGGCCCGUCUGGUGCCAGAACCACCGCACCUCGCGGCUGGCCUGGGCCGUGUGCGGGGCCUCCUGGGCUCUGGCCCUGCUACUGACCUCCCCGUCCUUCGUCUAUCGCACCAUCCACGAGGAGCCGUUCCCGCCGCGCACCGAGUGCGUGCAGGACUACGGCGGGGACGCCCAGGCUGAGGGCGCCGUGGCGGUCACCCGCUUCACCACUGGCUUCCUGGUGCCACUGGCCGUCAUCAGCGGCUGCCACGGCGCGCUGCUGGCACGUUUGCGGGGUGGUCCCAUGCCCCGGCCGCUGCUCCUUGUGGUAGUCGUGGUGGCCGGCUUCUUCCUGUGCUGGUGUCCCUAUCACAUGGUGGUGCUGGUGGCGGCGAGCGCGGCUCCACAGUCCAGCCUCCUGCAUCGGGCCCUGCAGGCCGAGCCCUUGGUCUUGGGCCUGGCGUUAAGCCAAAGCUGCAUGAACCCAAUUCUUUUCCUGUGGGCUGGACGGAGCCGGCUCCGCCAGUCUCUGGGUGCAGCCCUGCUCCGGGCGCUGGGGGAUGAGGGAAGUUGGGGGACAGCGGGGGUGGCUGACAGCAAGACAACGGGUGACAGGGAGACCACAGAGGAGCUGGUCUAG